UUUGAGAAAGCUAAAAGAUUAUGUCUUAAUGAUUAAGGAUUUCCUAGACGAUGCUGACAAGCAGCAAAUCACCAGAGAAGCCGUCAAACGCUGGUUGAAGAAGCUUGAAGUUGUGGCUUUCGAUGCAGAUAAUGUUUUGGAUGAGAUCAACUAUCAACUUCUCUCCAAGCAAAUUCAGACAGAAAAUAAAACGAAGACAAAGGUACGAGGCUUCAUCCUACGUCGUAUUCGCCGUAUAAAAAUGGCACGUAAAAUCAAGGAUAUCAAUCAAAACUUGGAAGAGAUCAACCUCGAGGCAAACAAAUAUGGCCUUGAAAAGACAGUGGUAGGUGAGUAUGCUCCGAUUACUCACCUAGAAACUGAUGCAUUCAAUAUCGAUCCGAUUUUUCUUGGAAGAGAAGGUGACGUGUCUGAAAUAGUGAAGGCGAUGACUACUCUUCCAAAUGAUCAAGUACUCUCUAUCCUCCCCAUUUUCGGGAUGGGAGGACUCGGAAAAACAACGGUAGCUCGGAACGUGCUUGAUCAUGAAGCCAUAAAGGCUCAUUUUGCUAAGCGUUUUUGGGUGCAUGUCUCUCAAAACUUCGAUGCCAAGAUUCUUUUCAAUAAGAUUCUUACAUCGUUAACAGGAACAAACGCCGGACUUGGCGAUAAACAGGCAGUUCUGGAAGAGCUUCAAAAGAAGUUAGGAGCUCAAAGAUUUCUACUUGUUCUCGACGAUGUUUGGAAUGGAAAUCAUGAAAUAUGGAGUGAUUUUAUCAAUUCGUUGAGAAAAAUUACUUCUGCUACGGGAAAUGGCAUCGUUGUUACUACGCGAAGUGAAAAUGUUGUUUCACUGGUGAAAACACUCCCUACUAUGCACAAGCUAAAUAACUUGUCAGAAGAUGAGUGUUGGUCCAUAAUCAAAACAAAAUCCGUUGGAGAAGGUGAUAUUCCAUCAGAAUUUCAGAGAAUUGGCAUAUCUAUUGCAAAAAGAUGCCGAGGUUUGCCAUUGGCGGCCAAAGUGGUUGGGGGAUUGUUGCGCGGUAAGUCGAUUGAUGAGUGGCUGUCGAUUGAUGAGAAAUGGCUUUCAGAUUUAAAAGAUAAAAAUCUAGUCUCCAAGAUUUUGAAACUGAGUUUUGAUCAUUUGUCGCCACCAUCACUCAAAAAGUGCUUUGCUUAUUGUUCGAUAUUUCCUAAAGGAUAUGACUUGGAAAGGGAACGCUUGGUUGAGCUUUGGAUGGCAGAAGGAUUCCUUGGAGGAAAUGAUGACAUGGAAAUUGUUGGCAACAAAUUCUUUAAUCAACUUCUAGAGAACUCCUUGUUGUUACAAGUUGUGGGGAGAAAAUACUAUUAUGGCGGUGCCGAUAUAACAUAUUAUAACAUGCACGAUCUUGUGCAUGAUCUUGCAUCUUCUAUUUUAAAUUCAAGCGACCAAGUUCGGUACAUGGGCCUGCAGUCCAGUAGUGGUGAAUCGUGUACUAGCCUAACUGAACAAGCAAGUUGUAUUCGUUCGUUAUUGUUCAAUGAUAAAAUAUGCAUGCUCGUGUUCUCGGAGUUCACAUCGUUGCAUGUUUUAAUUCUGAUGGACUAUUGUGUUAAAGAGUUGCCAAGUUCAAUCAAAGAGCUAAUGCAUUUGAGAUGUCUUGACAUUUUAGGUUCAAGGAUUAAAUGUUUGCCAGACUCUGUUGGUGAACUAUAUCACUUGCAGACAUUAAGAUCAUGUCAUACCUUAAAGAAACUGCCAAACACAUUGAAGAACUUGAUUGACUUAAGACAUCUCCACAUUCCUCGAAUUGAAUUACCUCCAGGAAUGAGAAGAUUAACUUCUCUUCGAACACUGCCGUACUUUGGAGUGGGUGAUGAAAAGGGUCGUGGAAUUAGUGAGCUCGAAUGCUUGAAGAACCUGGAAGGAAAGCUGGAGAUCUAUAAUCUUGAGAAGGUGCAUGACAAAGAAGAGGCUAAGAGAGCAGGUUUAUUACAAAAGCCAAACAUAGUCAAGUUAAAGCUUGCAUGGAAUGAAGAUAGAGAAGGUGGAAAUGGCGAUGAGAGUGUGUUGGAAGGCCUCCAACCCCACCCAAAUUUAGAGAGCUUAAAGAGUUGA